CACACGCCUCACGUUUCUCGGUUUGAACCAGAACCUUCUGACGGAGGUCAACUCAAACUGGUUGGGCCGGCCCGACGUCCUCGGCGAGCUCGACCUCACGGGGAACCGAAUUGAAGUUUUGCACCGGGCUCCUUAACCUCACGAAGCUCAGCCUGAGGGAGAACCGGAUCAGAAGUAUUGAUCCGGAUAGUUUUAGCUCCCUCACCGCCUUGGAAGAGUUGGAUUUGUCUGGGAACAGGAUGACUCGGGUCUCGCCUCAGGCCUUCGGGUCUCUGGGGUCAACCAGGAUCCGCCUGGAUCGGAACCCCUGGGACUGCUCCUGUGGAGCCGAAGACUUUGUUGACUUCCUCAAAGGUUUGUAAACUAUUUAUGUCGUCAUUUGUUUAAAAAACAAACCUUUUAGAAAGCUGAAGCUGCUUCUCUUCUCAGAUCUACAGAACAGAACUCUGCUGGACGGACCGGAGCAGGUGACCUGUGAGAGUCCUCCGUCUCUGAGGGGUCGGCCUGUGUGGAACGUGUCUGUGUGUGUGACGUCACCUCAAGCGGAGACCGUCCACCCCAAACCCACAGAGAGCCUCACAUCUGCAGCUCGUGUGACGGAGGUCUCUGUCACGCCUCCACCGUCUGCCCCGCCCACAACUCUAGCUCCACCCACUGCGAUGCCUGAAACGUGUGCGUCGUCGUCGUCGGUUACCAACAUCGUCCUCACACUGGCCCUUCACCGGAGUCAGAGCCACGUCGGCCAGCGCGCGCCUCCUCUCGGCUCCCUGCUGUGCGCCUAGCGAAGAUGGAGCGACUUCACACACCGCGACGGAGGCCCGGUCAGGAGACGCAGAGAUCCGGGCCGAGGCGGACCCCGGGAGAUGAGCCCCAAGGAGACGGAGGUGCCGGUGGAGUAAAAGAAGCUAAACGAGCCGAGGCUGGUGGAGAUGGAGACGUAGUCCCCCGCCGUGUCCCCGUCGACGCGGCGCCUUAUCUGAGCAUCGGUACCAACCAGAACCGACCCGGUCCUGACGAUGCCUACAAACAGUCCGCUGAGGCUUCGGGGCAAAGGUCGCGGACGGGAAGAGCCAUGAAGAGGAUCUCCACCUGGCCACCCGCCGCAGUCCAGUGGUGGGCCAGAUGUGAAGCGGAGCAGGAAGAAGAGGAGGAGGAGGAGGAGGAGGGGUUCGCCGCCGUCGCUGUUUGGACGUUUGCAGGUGGUGGGGGGAGAACGCUUUACAGACGGAGGAGCGGCCCCCCGGUUCUGAGGACACCGAGGACGACCCACCAAACCAAGAUCCUAGACAAGACCACUGCCACCCACACUCUGAAUGAAGAGACACUUUGUCCGGAUCCAGACCUGAACCCGGCAGCGAGUCCCGCGCAGAAGACGAGCGGCGAGGGGGGCGGAGGCGGGACCUCCACCGGCCCGCAGGCUCCUCCUCCCUCCGGUGGCGGCGCCGCCUCCUCGUCGGACGACGAGACGCUGCUGUCCGACAACGAGGACGCCGUCAUGGACCUGCUGCACGAGGUCGCGCAGAACAACGGCCGCUGGACCCGAACGCGAGGCCCAAAGAAUCCACGAGCAGCGGCGCUGAGGAGUUAAAAUGAUGCAGAGAUAACAUGUAAACACAAAUGAAUGAUUCGCUGUUGCAAGCAACGUUAAUGUAGGUCAAGUUUAAUGUAAUAUUGCUGCUGCAGUUUUAUCAAUUAUUUAGUGACAUUUUAAAUUCAGUUUUUUAUUUAUUUAAAGGUACAGUACUGAGUACCAAACAUAUCUUAAAGAUGCCAUUUUAGACCAACAUAUUUAGUUUCUUUCGCGAUUUUAAACCAAGACGUAAACAUACCUGCAAACUUGUCACCUUUCGGUGAAAUUCGCCGUUUUGAACUCAACAUAGGUCAUCCACGUGAAUCGUGGAGAUCCGAAGAGUUUUUGUUUAGGGGGGGGGGGGGGGGGGGGGUCACCUGACCCGUUGCCGUUGAGAUUGCAGUGAGACGCGGAGAAAAGUGUGGAGUGGUGCUCUUCGCAAUAGAACAUCUUUGAUGGGGCGUGUCGAGUCUCGGCCAAUCAGCGUUCAGAUGUCCACAGCGUUUGGGGGUUCAGGUUAGCUUGAAUGUUAGUCCGCUACAUCUGCUGCUGUCACGCUGCACGGUGUAGCGAUGCUAACAAAGUACCCGUACGUUAAACACGAUGUGAUUUAGCAUAUUUUUAGUAUCGUUACUUCAUUAAGAGAGCGAUCAGAGCUCACGCGCUGCUCCGUGUCGAGCUGUCUGCGCACACUGCGCUGCGCAGCUCACAGCGAGAGAAGUGGCGCAGCUUUAGAGACUUCGGUUUAAAAAAUAAAAAGAUGCCAGAAGUGAAAUGUUUCAGUCUGUAAAGUUGUGUAACUCUCCAGCUGCUCAUCCUGAUGAACUGUGGAUCAUCUGGUCAGAGACUAACGGCCUCAUAGUGUAUAAUCAAUGCUAUGAUGGAACCAUGUAGUUUCAUUCAUAACUGGCUGUAUUAAUACUAAUAUUACUGCCAUUUGUUAAGUGUUGAAAAAGUUGGUAAAAAGUGAACCAUACAGAUGUUUUAUUUAUUACUAUUAUAGAUAAAUAUACCAGUCUCGUAAUUAUGGUACCAUAUUGUUUGUAUGGUGUAUUGAAUUCUGGUAUGGGGUAUCAUGAUAUUUAUGCCGUCGAGGUAGCUCCGCGGAGAUUGUGCGCUCUUUUAGUUUUUGUGUUUUUUAAAAAUAUUUUCUUUGCCACAAACACAUCGGCACUAACAGCAUACGACCGCAGCACACUUUUGGACAUAAACUUUUGCGCAAAACAAGGGGUUUUGUCCACUUUUUCCAUCGAUCCAGCGUGGCCGGCGGAGAUCGUACGAGCGAACCACAACAACAACAGUGGAGCCGCUACUACGGGGAGACGACGAAAACAUCGAGGGAAACGGAGCGGAAUUCGGAACAGACUGAGAGUUCAAGCCCACCGUCCACCUCUGCCCA